GGAGGGGCGGGGAGGGGAGGGGCGGGGCCUCGGUCAGCUGACCCCGGCUGUGAAGACCGAACCCAGAAGCUGGGCCCGGGCGGCGAAUCCUGACGCGAGCCCUCCUCCUUCCAUCCCUCCCGCAGCAGCCAUGGUCUGGAAGAAGCUGGGCUCCGGCAACUUCUCUAACUGCCCCAAUGGCUCCCGCCAGUGGAUAUGGGACGUGUUUGGCGAGUGUGCCCAGGACGGCUGGGACGAGGCCAGCGUGGGCCUGGGCUUGAUCUCCAUUUUCUGCUUUGCUGCAUCCACCUUCCCCCAGUACAUCAAAGCCUGCAAGACGGGCAACAUGGACCAGGCCCUGUCUCUGUGGUUCCUCCUGGGCUGGAUCGGCGGAGACUCCUGCAACCUCAUUGGCUCCUUCCUCGCUGACCAGCUGCCCCUGCAGACAUACACUGCGGUGUAUUACGUCCUGGCGGACCUGCUGAUGCUGUCGCUGUACUUUCAUUACAAGUCUAAGAGACGGCCCUCUGCGUCCUCGGCCCCCAUCAAUUCUGUGCUCUUCUUCAUCUUGGGGAUGGCGUGUAUCACCCCGCUGCUGAGCAGGACGGGCUCUGUGGCUGCCCCGAGGGAGGUCUUCCAGGGGCGGACACUCCUGUCUGUGGAGCCAGCCAGUAAGCCCUUCACUCGGCAGGAAAUCAUUGGCUUCGUCAUCGGCUCCGUCUCCAGCCUGCUGUACCUGCUCUCCCGGCUGCCCCAGAUCCGCACCAACUUCCUGCGGAAGUCGACCCAGGGGAUCUCCUACUCACUGUUCGCCUUGGUGAUGCUGGGGAACACACUGUACGGACUGAGCGUGCUGCUCAAGAACCCCGAGGUGGGCCAGAGUGAGGGCAGCUACGUGCUGCACCACCUGCCCUGGCUCGUGGGCAGCCUGGGUGUGCUGCUGCUCGACACCAUCAUCUCCAUACAGUUCCUGGUGUACCGCAAGGCCGCCACCUCCUCAGAGCGCCAGCCCCUCCUCCCCAGCUGACCAGACCCCAGGCCAAGGCGACAAGGACGUCCAGGUGCCACACUCAGGAAGAGAGAAGGGUGGGGGCAGUCACGGUGCUGCUGACCUGGACUGGGCCGUGGAAAGAGCUGAUGGGGCCUAGAACUCCCGGCCCAGCCGUCUGCCCUGUGGCUCCGAAACCUCUGUGGGCUGACUCUUCCGGAAGCCCUGACUAACUCUUCCAGGAGCAAGAUGGCCCCCAGGGCCAGCCCGGCCCUCCUUGGAGCGCACCUCCCAGGGUCCAAGGCAGCUGUCCCUGUGAGCCUCGAGGGAGGGGCUGCGGCCAAGGCCUUGCGCUCUCAGAAGACGGUGAGGCUGCCCAUCAGCUCACCUACCUCAUUCUGCUGUCUCACCCCUGGGUGCGGGGCACCGCGUGGCCCGGUGCCCAGGACUGCGGCCUGGCGCCCAGGCCUGUCCUGCUGGCUGCAGACAGCCAAGUAAACGGUCCUUCCCAGCGGGGCCUGUUCUGUUGCUCCUGCCCCCGGUGCUGGGGUCUGGGCUGCUGUGGGAACUGCGGCGGGUGGGGAUCUGGGCCCUACCUUCCAGGGCCCAGGCGGGACCUAAAGGGUCAGGGUGUGGGAUUGCCGAGCAGGAGGGGACGGAGUCUGCCAGUCAGCCCCAGGGGCCUCUGGUUUCUUCAGCCUGCUUCUCUGGGACAGGCGCCACACCUGGUGGUGGGGACACUCCAACAGGGUCCCUGCACCUCGGCGCUCAGGAAGAAGCAGGAUACUUAAGGUCCAGAUCUUGGUUCUGUGUCUUAGCUUCUCGGUGCCUGAGUUACCUCAUCUGUGAAAUGGGAUGACAGUAUUACCACUUCAUGGCCUUAUAAAGUGGUGUCAUUACACAGUUU